CCACCGGCAGCGCGCGCCUAAUAAGAACGGUGUCUUCUCCCCAAGACGGGUGUAAGUUGUUGUUGCGUGGCCUGCUCUUCUCUGGCCGGAGCACAGAAACGCGAGGCACUGCAUUCAGAGGACCACGGUGGAGGUGUGCUUUCCCUCCCCUUAUUCUUAUUCUUGUUACAGUGGGAGGUCGCAGUACGUACUGCUAGCAAAACAGGAUUCUGUACGCGUACAAGUUCGCUAUGAUUGCGGUUGAUGCCUACCUGGUCUAUGCAGGGUACCUGGUAGGCUGGCUUGAUUGGUGAAGCGUGCAACCUAUACGGCGAGCAGCAACGAGCGCGAGCGUGUGUCCGAAGACAGAGACACUUCUGGUGAAGGCUUACUGUAAGACUUUGGGUUCGACGAAGUACUGCACUAGUACCCUACUGCACGUCUCACAUCAAGGUUGUGGAGCUGGGCGGACUGAUAUAUAUUUGUGGAGCUCUUCUGUCUUCAGGUACAGCAUAUUUCUAUCAUUUACGGGAACAGAAGAAGGGAUCAAGUUUGUCGGGUUUCUAGUGUGGGAUUCCUCGCGCGUUCUACGGCAGGCAGGCGCCAAAGAGAGGGAUUCUUGAUCCAACGAUCGAUAGGAGCGACGUGAUAUCAUCAACACAAGAAAAGAAAAAGAGUGACGAGGAGGUACAAUAUCUUUGACCAAGUCGAGUGGCUGGGUUUUUUGACCCCUGCCGUCAGCAACGGUGUGAUUCAAGGUCAAUCUAUCAUAUCACGCACCAGAUCGGAUAUCAACAGCAAUCUGCAAUUUCAUCAUGAAACCAAAGUCUCCCAUGAGGUCGAGGUCCGACGAGCGCACACCGUUGCUCGCAGGCCCGUCGGCCUCUCCGGCUCAUAAUGACAAUGAUGACUUCUUUUCAGACCCGCACAAGCAGUUCUGCAUGUUAGUCGGGGUCCCGUCAUCAGCCCCAGACCCGAGCGGCGGCAAAGGGGGAACGCAGUACUCGUCAUCUUCGUCGUCCACGUCGUUUAAACCACCCAAGAAAUCGCUCUAUGGCCGGGCAACACGGCAGCUCCGCAAACAGCGGCUGACGUACUACUUCACGGCGUCGCUGUCCAAUACGCUGCUGCUGUCGCAAGUGGUUCUCGGAGCGGCGUUGACGGCGCUGGGGGCGUCAGAGUCGUCACACAUCCUGAUCACGGUGUUUGGGGCCAUGAACACCAUCAUCGCGGGCCUGGUGGCGUACCUGAAAUCGCGGGGCCAGCCCAUGCGCGCCCGCAUGUUCCGCGACGACCUCGAGCGCGUCGUGCACGAAAUCGAAAACUCCGAGGUCAUGUGGCUCGGCAUCACGCGCCACGUCCAUGGCUACGAUGACAUCGACACGGACGCCCACCAGGUCACGGUGCGAAGCGAGGUCGCGCGCCUCACCAGGCUGUAUGAUCGCGCUGUUAGGACCAGUACCGCCAACGAUCCGGAUAUGUAUAUGGCCGGUGCGCCUGGUCAUCUCGACCCCGGUAGUGCCGGCUUGCGGACGAGACCCGCCGUGCCGGUGGGUGCACAGCCUGGUGUCGGUGUCGUUCCGGGAACCGCUUCUCCCCUUCCUGUGGCUCCUCUUCCCCUACCGCAACAACCGGUUGUUGCGGCCCCGGCCCUCAGUGGGGAUCAACCGGUGGUGGAUGCUGGCCAGGGCCUCAGCGUGCCAGCUCCAGCCCCGGACCCGGACGAGAGUCCAGCUACGGCGGUGAAACCUCCUCCGCCGCCACCGCCACCAAAGGAAGAGCCGAAGAAGGAUGCUGGAGUCAAGAACGAAGACGAAAUUGAACCCGAAAAUGGGGAUAAGAGCGAAGGCGAUGAAGGGAAAGGAUCCAAUCCGGGACCUGGCGAGGAACUUCCGUCCCAGGAUAGAGGGGUUGCUCAUGAUAAGCGCACAGAGAAGGGCGAUGAAAGCAACAGUGCCGAUCAAGAAAGAGGUAGAAGCGAGAGCCAAGGGAGGGAUGUUGGUGCUGGUGCUGAUGAAGACGGGACCGAAGAGGCGCAACAAGACAAAACAACCCAGUCCGGCAAAUCGAACGCGAGCAAGGAGAGUGCAGGACAGAGACAAGAUUCCAGACCAGACGUUAAUGUUGUCGACACAAACUCGAGGCAAGGAAAGGACGCACUUUCGCCAUCAGACCCUCGGUCCUCACCGUCACCGUCAGCUUCAUCUUCAUCCAAGACGACACACAAACAUGAUGAUGGCUCGAGUGAGGCACCCACAGGCUCCAAGGCCAACACGUCUCCCUCUUCGACCCCUUCUUCGGCCCCUUCUCUCCCGCCGCAGCCACCGUCACAGCAACCGCAGCAACAGCCGUUUGAUCCAGAUGCCUCGCCGGCCACGGAUCCAAAUGUACCCAGGAAGAAAACCACACCCGCAAAUACCCAGUGAGCGAGCAGGGAAGAUUCAGGGUUACGGACGGUGGCCCCAACCCGUGGCUCGCGCACAUGGCGAUGCAACUUAGCUUUGAGCGCCGAUUCUGAACAGAACCUGAACCUCUCGUUGCAGCAUUUGAACAUUUUCAAGAGUCUCGGGAGUCAAUCGCCAUAAUGCUGUCGAGGUAAGGUGUUAUCGAUGGAGCUCAGAAUAUUCCAGCAGAGCACAGGCAAGACACUGUGCCGGACUAGCAAGUAGACCAUUCUAAGUACAUGAUAGAUUGCAUUUCUUUCGCCAUCAACAGCUCGAGUCAGAAUAUUAUUUGAGUAUACCUACCAG